AUGUCCACUGUGGUAGCUCAGUCGCUGCAUGUUUUUGGUCUUCGAUCCCACGUGUCCAACAAUGUGUUCUUCUUCGAUGAACAGAUCAUUAUAUUUCCUUCAGGAAAUCACUGUGUGAAGUACAAUGUGGAUCAGAAGUGGCAAAAAUUCAUUCCAGGCUCAGACAAGAGUCAGGGCAUGUUGGCCUUGUCCAUCAGUCCCAAUCGGCGAUACCUCGCUAUCUCCGAGACUGUGCAAGAAAAACCUGUCAUCACCAUUUAUGAAUUGUCAGCCGUUCCUUGCCGAAAGCGCAAAGUCCUUAAUAAUUUUGACUUCCCAGUUCAGAAGUUCAUUUGCAUGGCUUUUUCUCCAGACUCCAAAUACCUCUUGACCCAGACCUCACCUCCAGAGUCAAACCUUGUCUAUUGGCUGUGGGAAAAACAGAAAAUAAUGGCCAUCGUUAGAACUGAUACCCAGAACAAUGCUGUCUACCAGGUGAGCUUCAAUCCCCAGGAUAACACUCAGAUUUGUGUCACUGGAAAUGGGAUGUUUAAGCUUCUCCGUUUUGCUGAGGGAACCCUGAAGCAAACUAAUUUUCAGAGGGGAGAACCCCAAAACUAUCUCGCCCACACCUGGGUGUCUGAUGACAAGAUUGUUGUUGGCACUGAUACAGGCAGGCUCUUCCUCUUUGAGUCUGGAGAUCAACGCUGGGAGACAAGUAUCAUGGUCAGGGAGCCCACCAGCGAGAUGAAGAACCUGGGGGUGAUCCAGGAAUCCGAGAGCCUGAUCGAAUUUCCAACAAUCACCUCCCCAGUCCCUUCCUACGAGCAGGUCAUGAUGGCCAGCAGCCACCACCAGCUCUCCCUGCCCCAGGUGUCUGCCAUCGCAGCCUAUUCCAAGGGAUUUGCCUGCUCUGCUGGGCCAGGGAGAGUUCUACUGUUUGAGAAGAUGGAAGAGAAGGAGUUUUACCGUGAGAGCAGGGAAAUCCGGAUUCCUGUGGACCCACGGAGCAAUGACCCGAGUCAGUCAGACAAACAGGACGUGCUCUGCAUGUGCUUCAGCCCCUCCGAGGAAACGCUGAUCGCCAGCACCAGCAAGAACCAGCUCUACAGCAUCACCAUGUCCCUGACGGAGAUCAGCAAGGGGGAGCCUGCCCACUUUGAGUAUCUGAUGUACCCGUUACACUCAGCAUCCAUCACUGGUCUAGCUACUUGCAUCCGCAAACCCCUCAUUGCCACCUGCUCUGUGGAUCGGUCUGUUCGCAUCUGGAAUUACGAAUCAAACACCCUGGAACUAUUUAAGGAAUACCAAGAAGAAGCUUAUACAAUCAGCCUUCACCCAUCUGGACACUACAUUGUAGUAGGGUUUGCUGACAAACUACGCCUUAUGAAUCUACUCAUUGAUGAUAUACGUUCUUUCAAAGAAUACUCUGUCAGAGGGUGCAAAGAGUGUUGCUUUAGCAAUGGAGGUCACCUGUUUGCUGCAGUCAAUGGGAAUGUGAUUCACGUUUUUUCCACCACCAGCCUGGAGAACGUCUCGAAUCUGAAAGGACACACAGGGAAGAUUCGUUCAGUUGCGUGGAAUACAGAUGACAGUAAACUGAUUUCUUGUGGCACAGAUGGUGCUGUAUAUGAAUGGAAUCUGUCCACAGGAAAGAGAGAGACAGAAUGUGUGCUUAAGUCCUGCAGCUACAACUGUGUUACCAUCUCCCCUGAUGGCAAAAUCAUCUUUGCUGUUGGAUCCGACCAGACUCUCAAGGAGAUAGCAGAUUCUUCAGUCCUUCGAGAGAUGUCAGCAUUUGACGUCACCUACACAGCCAUCGUCAUCUCCCAUUCCGGGCGCAUGAUGUUUGUGGGCACCUCGGUGGGAACCAUUCGUGCGAUGAAGUACCCGCUGCCUCUGCAGAAAGAAUUCAACGAGUACCAGGCCCAUUGCGGUCCUAUCACCAAGAUGUCACUCACCUUUGAUGACCAGUUCCUGCUGAGCGUCGCCGAGGAUGGCUGCCUGUUCACCUGGAAGGUCUUUGAUAAGGAUGGUCGGGGAAUCAAGCGAGAGAGGGAGGUGGGCUUUGCUGAAGAGGUGCUGGUUACCAAGACGGACAUGGAAGAGAAGGUUCAGGUUAUGUUGGAGCUGAAGACUCGUGUGGAAGAAUUAAAAAUGGAGAAUGCGUAUCAACUUCGACUAAAGGACAUAAACUAUUCUGAGAAGGUUAAGGAGCUAACAGACAAGUUCCUCCAGGAAAUGGAGUCCUUGAAAACGAAAAACCAGAUUUUAAGAACAGAAAAAGAAAAGCAGGAUGCCCUCCAUUAUGAACGCAUGGACGACCUCCUGGAAAAACAGAGCCGGGAACUGCAGGACUUGGAAUGUUGCAACAACCAAAAGUUGCUUCUAGAGUAUGAGAAGUACCAGGAGUUGCAGCUCAAGUCCCAGAGGAUGCAGGAAGAGUAUGAGAAACAGCUUCGAGAUAAUGAUGAGACCAAGAGCCAGGCCCUGGAGGAGCUGACUGAGUUUUACGAGGCCAAACUGCAGGAGAAAACCACCCUCCUGGAAGAGGCGCAGGAAGAUGUCAGGCAGCAGCUGCGUGAGUUUGAAGAGACCAAGAAGCAGAUUGAAGAAGAUGAAGACCGUGAGAUCCAAGAUAUCAAAACCAAGUAUGAGAAGAAGCUUCGGGAUGAAAAGGAAGCAAACCUGCGGCUCAGAGGAGAAACGGGCAUCAUGAGGAAGAAGUUCAGCAGCCUGCAGAAAGAGAUUGAAGAGCGAACCAACAACACUGAGAUUCUGAAGGGAGAGCAGGUGAAGCUGCAAGGAGUCAUCAAGUCCCUGGAGAAGGACAUCCUGGGUCUCAAGCAGGAGAUCCAGGAAAGAGACGAGAUGAUUCAAGAUAAGGAGAAGCGAAUCUAUGAUCUGAAAAAGAAAAAUCAAGAACUAGAGAAAUUCAAGUUUGUGCUUGACUACAAAAUAAAGGAGCUGAAGAAGCAAAUAGAACCUCGAGAGAAUGAGAUCAAGGUGAUGAAGGAACAGAUUCAAGAGAAUAGCCCCCUGCUCCCGUGGCCCCAGAGGGUCAAGAUUCCCUCACACAACUUCACAAAGAGAGCAAGGAAGCUGCUUUUCUGCAGAACCUUGCCUCAGAUGGAAACUGAACUGGAGCAUUUCCAUAAGCAGAACACACAGCUGGAGCUGAACAUCACAGAAUUGUGGCAGAAAUUAAGAGCUACUGAUCAGGAGAUGCACAGAGAGAGACAAAAGGAGCGGGACUUGGAGGCGCUGGUCAAACGGUUUAAGACGGACCUUCACAACUGUGUGGCGUACAUCCAAGAACCCCGGCAGCUGAAGGAGAAGGUCCGCGCUCUCUUUGAGAAGUACGUGCAGCGGGCAGACAUGGUGGAGAUCACAGGGCUGAACUUGGACCUGCAGCAGGAGUACACCCGUCAGCGGGAGCACCUGGAGAGGAGCCUGGCCACUCUCAAGAAGAAGGUGGUCAAGGAGAGUGAGCUGCACCACGCGGAUUAUGUCCGCAUCAUGCAGGAAAAUGUCUCCCUGAUCAAGGAGAUUAAUGAGCUCCGCAGAGAGCUGAAGUUCACCCGCUCCCAAGUCUAUGACCUUGAAGCAGCCCUGAAACUGACCAAGAAAAUUCAACCACAAGACGUUCCAGAGGCAGUGUCCAGCAAAGACUUGCCAGGCAUGCCUCCCACCAUGAGACUGAAUGAGCAAGAAGAAACUGGGAGAAUCAUUGAGAUGCAGCGCCUGGAGAUCCAGCGUCUCAGAGACCAGAUCCAAGAGCAAGAGCAGGUCCCAGGCUUCCACUCCUUUGCCAGGAUGCAGCUGCCUCCCCUCCUGGGGGCAGAAGCAGACUUAAAGCUGCAGGCCAAGUGA